AUGAAGACGUUUGUGCUGUUGAGCUGUUGUUUGGUUCUGGCUUCCGCCCGACCGGAAGCAGGAUACUCAUACAAUCGUCCAUCAACUGGCGGCUCGCACGGCGGCGGUGGUGGCGGCGGCGGCGGCUACUCGUCCGGCGGUGGUUCCUUCACAUCCGGCGGCGGUGGUGGAUACAGCGGUGGCGGUGUUGGCGGAUUCUCGUCCGGUGCCGGUGCCAGCUUCGGUGGCAGCGCCGGAGGAUUCGGAGGAUCCUCGUUCAGCUCGAGCGGUGCCGGUAGCUUUGGCGGUGGCGUUAGCAGCUUCGGCGGUGGUUCGUUUGGCGGCGGCUCGUUCGGUGGUUCCCAGCAAGCCAUCAUCCAGAAGCACAUCUACGUGCACGUCCCCCCGCCAGAGCCGGAGGAAGUUCGCGUCCAGCGCCCGAUCCAGCUGGCCGCCCCGCAGAAGCAUUACAAGAUCAUCUUCAUUAAGGCACCGUCGGCACCAUCGUACCAGGCACCGCAGAUCCCGAUCCAGCCCCAGAACGAAGAGAAGACGCUCGUGUACGUGCUGGUGAAGAAGCCGGACGAACAGCAGGACAUCGUUAUCCCGACGCCCGCCCCGACGCAGCCCAGCAAACCGGAAGUUUACUUCAUCAAGUACAAAACGCAGAAGGAGUCGGGCGGUGGUGUGUCGGGUGGUUUCGGAAGCGGUGCUGGUUUCGGUGGCGAUCUGGGCGGCGGUCUCGGUGGUGGAGAUUUGGGCGGCCAUGGUUCGCUGGUGGGUGGCGAUCUCGGUGGACACGGUGGUGGCCAUGGAGGUGAUCUGGGCGGUCAUGGAGGUUCGGGUGCUUCGGCACCGGCUGCCCAGUACGGCCCACCUGGAAAGUCUGGCCCGUACUAA